GACAUGGUGGGAUGACGAGACCUUGGACGGAUGCCCUCCUCAUGCUCAUGGCGAGGCCUUGGCACUGCACCAGAGGCUCCAAGCUGAAGGCCUGGUGCCGAACCUUGUCACACAGACGGCGGUGGUCCGUGCAUAUGAUAAAUCUGACCAGCCGACUCAGGCCAUGGAAUGUUACAGAGACAUGCAGUCUCAAAGCAUGCAACUGGAUGUAGUUGUCUACAAUGCGCUUAUCAGUGCUUGCGCGAGGGGGAGAAAACCGCAAUGCGCUUUCAGAGUUUACCAUGACAUGCUGCAACGAGCGCUCCGUCCAGAUCGCUUCACUUUCAAUGCCUUGGUAGGCAUGUGUAGCUCCAUCGGUUGGGUGGCGAAUACCACAUGGUUGCUUGCCGACAUGACGGCUUCCAAAAUUUCUCCGGACACAACGACUUACGAUGCACUUUGUGUUGCAAGCGGACAAGCUGCCCAAUACAACAAGGUCCUACAUUACUUGGCCCAAGCAGAGUUGAACGCGCUCUGGCACUUGCUGUGGAUGUAA